GCCCGGGCCAAGGGUUACGGGGCGGGGAAGGAGCCGCUUCGCCCGGAGUCGCCUUUGCAACGCGGCGCAUGAGAGCGGCGGCCGUGCAGAGACUCAUGAAGGUCUUCGUGACGCGGAGGAUCCCCCCGGAGGGACUGGCGGCCUUGAGCCGGGCCGGAGAGUAAGUGGGCUGGCGGGGAGACGGGCUGGGGGUGCAAGGGAGAAACACGCCCCCCUUCUCCUCUUGGGAAGGUCGCUCGGCUGCCCCCGGACUCUUACACGCACGUGUGAACCCCCCUCUUUCCUUCUCUUGCGUGUGCACCUUUGGGAAAUCGUGUGUGUGUGUGUUUGAGGCUUUUUGCUUGCUGCUGUCUCUUUUUUGUAUUGUUAUGGACGACCUUUGUUACGUUGUGCCUAUGUAUUCCCGCCCCCCCCCCCCAUAUUGUAAGCCGCCUCGAGCGUGGUUUGAGCUGUGGAAAGGCGGCCUGCAAAAAUAAAAUGGUGGGUGGGCGGCUUGCAAAGCAGGCCUGUCUGUAGCAUUAGAGCAGGGGUAAGAAACUUGCAGCCCUUCAGAGGUUGCAUGCGUCCCAGCCAGCAUGCCCAAUACAUAGCUGUCAACUUACAGAUUUGAAAAUAAGGGAUCAGCAGCCAAAAUAAGGGAUUUUGGCUUGGCUUAUACAGAAAUCCGGCACUAAUGGAGCCCUGCUGCUUUGGUUGCCCCUGACUGUGUUUUGCAGGGGGUUGAACCAGAUGAUCCUAAGGGUCUACAACUCCCACCAAAGAAGAGGGGCAGACAAAACUGAUGAACGACGUCGAGAUGGCAAAGCUUCCAGGCAGAAUUAGAAACCAGGAAGAGGACCUCUUUAAUAAAGAAUGGGGGGAGUUUAUAAUUUAUUGGAAAAGCUAUUGUAAAGAGUUACAUACAUUGGUAGGAUCGGCAGAAAACUUGUGGUAAAAAUUUGAACUAUGGAUGGACAAUUGAUUUAUAAAAAUAGAGUUAUGAAAGGGAUGCAGAGGGGGAAAUCACUACAUUAAGAUGCUGCACUGGCUGGAGGGGAUGCUAAGCAGCACGUCGGGGCUGCCGGUCGUCUUGGAGCGAGGAGUUCCAUCGGCCCUUCCCCGCCCGAGAGAGAGGGAGGGAGAGGGACUCUCGCUCACACCGCCCGCGAGCCCGGCAUGAGGUGGAUCCAGCGCCACUGAAGUGCCGCCUUUCUGCGUCCCUCCCCAUCCCCUCCUCUUCCUCGAAGAUAGUGUCUUCGAAGCUACAAACAUGAGUCUGACCAAACUGCGGGAGGCAGUGGAAGACAGAAGUGCCUGGCGUGCCCUGGUCCAUGGGGUCACGAAGAGUCGGACACGACUAAACGACUAAACAACAACAACAAGAAACUUGCAGCCCUCCAGAGGUUGCAUGCGUCCCAGCCAACAUGCCCAAUAGACAACGGGAUCAAUGGUCCCAACAGCAGUUGCAGGGCCAUUGGUUUUCCAUUCCUUCAUUGGACCCAGGGUGCAUAUAUAGUUGUUGUUUAGUCAUUUAGUCGUGUCCGACUCUUUGUGACCCCCUGAACCAGAGCACGCCAGGCACUCCUGUCUUCCACUCCCCCCUGCAGUUUAGUCAGACUCAUGCUGGUAGCUUCGAGAACAGUGUCCAACCAUCUCGUCCUCUGUCGUCUCCUUCUCCUUGUGCCCUCCAUCUUUCCCAACAUCAGGGUCUUUUCCAGGGAGUCUUCUCUUCUCAUGAGGUGGCCAAGGUAUUGGAGCCUCAGCUUCAGGAUCUGUCCUUCCAGUGAGCACUCAGGGCUGAUUUCCUUAAGAAUGGAGAGAUUUGAUCUUCUUGCAGUCCAUGGGACUCUCAAGAGUCUCUUCCAGCACCAGAAUUCAAAAGCAUCAAUUCUUCGGCGAUCAGACUUCUUUAUGGUCCAGCUCUCACUUCCAUAUAUGUGUAUAUAUAUAUAUAUAUAUAUAUAUAUAUUAGUCCAGAUAAAGUGGGUACCAUCUCCUGACACCAUACUUAAUAACAGUAUUGAAAGUGCGUACAUGCAAAUACACAAGCACACACACAUAUAUAAACAUUACAUUUUUAUCCCAAAAAAUUAAAAUAAACCCAUAUCUCCUGAUGAAUAGCAUUUGGACUAUAAUGUAACUUAAAUAGAAAACUAUCUUUAGAAAGAUUUUCCCUCCUCCCAAAGCAUUUUAUUUUUUAAAAAAUCCAAUUUAUAUUAAAAAAAUCAAUUUUAAAAAAAUCUGAUUUAAAUAAAAAAAAAUCCUAUUUUUUAUUUUAAAAAAAUACAUUGAUUUUUAUCCACCUUGCCUUGGAGUAAUUUUGUCUGUUUAAACUGUUAUUUGUGCUGACCAGCUGACUACAUUCAAAUAAGACUGCCAUUGUUCCAGGCCAGCUAAUGGUUAAUCAUUUGUGCAAACCAGGAGACUAAAAUUGGCUGGGAUCAGUAUCUAGGCCAUAACUUGUGGUCACUAUUGAUGCUUCCCCUCCGCGCCACCCCUGGGGUGGGUGGCCUUGCUUCUGCGUCCUGCCACAGCUCAGGGUGAUGUGAAUCCCCUACCCCAAAUCCCCCCUCCUACACAUGCUGGAAAGGGGUGGGUGUUUCUCAUGCUGCACUGGACUUACCCUAAUCACAGGCAGAAGUCGUACAAGAGACUCAUGCUGCCCUGGGCCGCAUGAAAGACCUCAUUGCCCUCUCUACAAAUCCUCCACAUGCCUGGCAACUCAGGGCAGUGGAGGAGGAGGAGGAGGAGAUCUGGCUGAAAACCUCGGCAAGCAGCCGUUGUGGAAGUGGAACAGCUGGGCAUCUACCUGCCAACUCUCCUCUCCCUGCUUGCUGAUUCUCUCUUCACAUGCUGCUGCCUAUUUCAUUUUUUAAAAUUUCUUCAUUUGGUUUUUCAGAUUAAAAUUUUACAGUCACAUAUCCAACAUCCAACAUAAAAACAAGAUUGCAAGGAAUCUCUUGGACUUACCUCCUCCCCUUUGUGGGUCCUCUUGUUAAUCAUUUCCUCCUGCAUCUUUUAUGAUAAUCCAAAUCUUUUAUCUCUCCAUUGUAUCCAAAAUUCACCAUUAAACUACAAGUGUUAUUCCAAUCCUACUAAUGAUUUUAACUGUUUACAAUGGUCUUUAAGAUAAUUUAUAAAUUUUCCGCAUUCCUUAUUAAAAUUUCUGAUUUCUGAUUCUUCCGGCCAUUUUAGCCAUUUUGGCACAAUCCAUUAACUCCAUCUGCCAUUCUUCUCUGGUAGGGACUUUAUCUUCUUUCCAUCUAUGGGCCGAUAACAUCCGCAAAGCCGUGGUUACAUUCAUAAAUAGUCUUUUCUGCUCCCUUAGGAUUUCGGCACCUAGAAUUCCUAAAAGGAAGGCUUCAGGGGUUUUUAAAGAAAAGGUUAUUUUAAACAUUUUUUUUCAACUCAUUAUAUAUCAUUUCCCAAAAUUCUUUUACUACCUUACAUUUCCACCACAUGUGAUAAAAGGUGCCUUCUUUUUCCUUACACUUCCAGCUUGCAUUUGACCCCAUUUUACACAUUUUUGCUCAUUUACUAGGAAUUAAAUACCAACGGUACAUCAUUUUCAUAUAAUUUUCUUUCAACGUGUAACAUGCUGUGAAUUUUAAAUCCCAAUUCCAUAACUUCUUCCAUGCUGCAAGUUGUAUAUUACACCCAAAGUCUCUGGCCCAACUGCUGCCCAUUUCAAGGAGGGCUGGGUUCUUCUGUGUCCACACAUUGCCUGGGCAGUGGUGGACCUUGGCGUCUCACAUUUCAGCAGUGACUUGUGGAAAGCCAAAAUUGGGCCAGUCUCUCUGCCAUCAGCAUCAGCCUGAGGUCACAAAGGGCAUUAUUUCUCCCUUCAGUGUUGCAGCAAGGUCACAAGGGGCAGUUUUCCUUUCUCUCAGCAGGCAGCAAAAGCAGGGGCAUGUGGGCACACUGUUUCUCUCUGAGCACAUAAAAGCAGCUGCAUCUAUUUUUCUUCCCAAAGUGGGCAGAGGUAGUGUGUAGCCGCUGGAAACCAAUGGAAGGUGCUGUUUUAUUUGGUAAAAAAUGCAAACACCCAUUUCCACAGCCUUGGCCUUUUUGAAAUGUUAAAGGGAGUGUGGGGUAGUUUCCUACCAAAUUACAGCAGCCUUUCUCAGCAUGAAUGAUAUAAUUUAAUAUCUUCAUUCGUCCCCUGUUACAAUACACAACACUCCCGCAAUAGAACAGCUUCCAGGUUAAGCAACUGGUGCCCAAUCUUACUAAAGUUUGACCUUGCCAAUUAAAACUGAAGAUCUAAAGUGGCGAAAGCUGUGCAGCCUCUAGCUCAACCUGUGGGUCACAAGAUGUUGUUGGACUACAACUCCCAUCAUCCCUGAGCUCUGGCCUUGCUAGCUAGGAGUUAUGGGAGUUGUAGUUCAACAUCUGGGGACCCACAGGUUGAGAAAGGCUGCUCUAGCGCCUCGUGUCGACUUGUGACCUGCUCUGUGUGAUUCUGCCUUUCUUGCUUCCUCUGAUGCUGCAGCGUCCAGCAGUGGGAUUCAGAUGAACCAAUCCCACAGUCGGAGUUGCUGGCGGGGGUGGCUGGCAAGGACGGGCUCCUGUGCCUCUUGUCUGACCGGAUUGACAAGGAAGUCCUGGAUGCUGCAGGUGAGACCUCAGGUGGGAGCUCAACGGAAUGGUGUCAGAGUGGGCUGUAGAAACAUUAACACGGCCAGUGACUUGCCAAUCCAUGUGACAACCUGGGCAGGCAAAGUUAGUGGCUGCUCCCCAGAUACUGGUACGAAUGCAGACCAAAGCCCUACAUCUGUAUAAAGUUGGUGCCUAAUUCUUUUCAAGAGGUGGAACUGGAAUAAAUUCAUGGGACUGUCAUCAACCCCAGCCUCAUUCUUCUUCUUAUCUCCUUUUGGUGAAAGUUUGCAUUCAGCUCCUCAGGAUUAUCUGGCCAAACAGUCUGUAUCUGGGGGGAAAGUUCCACGAGCCAAAUGUGCUGUUAAAUCUCAUUUUUAUACUGUGUGUUUGUAUGUGUUUAUACUGUGUUUGUAUCUGUGGGUUGUUGUUACCCCACUGAUUAAUCUGGGUGUGUGGAUAAUGCUCAGUGCAGUACAGUUCUCAAACUUAAUCUGUUCUGGAAGUCCAUUCCAAAACCAAAGCAUUCCAAAACCAAGGCACGCUUUCCCAUAGAAAGUAAUGCAAAAUGGAUUAAUCCAUUCCAGACUUUUAAAAACAACCCUAAAACAGCAAUUUAACAUGAAUUUUACGAUCUAACGAGACCAUUGAUCCAUAAAAUGAAAGCAAUAAACAAUGUACUGCAGUCACACAAUCAAUGAGUCAGAAGCUGAACUGAAUUCCACAGUCACAAAAACAAAAAAGAGCCACAAAAAUGCAAAAUAAAUAGCAAAAACAGACAGACCUCAGCAUAACACUCAAACCAGAAGCGUAACACUCAAAACGGAGCACGUUCAGCUUCUGAAUAAGUUCGCAAACCAGAACACUUACUUCUGGGUUUGUAGUGUGUGGGUUCCAAGUUGUUUGAGUACCAAGGCUUUUGAGAACCAAGGUACCUCUGUAUUUUGUUGAUCAAUUGCACAGCUUAAUGAAUGAAAGCUCACAGCUAUUUAAUGGCUCAAAAGCUAGGUUUCCAUUCAUAGCUGACAUUCUUUUAUUAUUUUGUUUCUUUUCAAGCAAGACCUUGUGAAACUUUAUCAAAAAAUCACCUUCUUCAUUUCUCUGUGUUUAUUAGUAACCAGACAAAAGCCUUGACAAGUCCGUUGCUGCCAACUUCUUUAGCUUUUAAUGCUUUCUGAAGCUGGUAGGAGCUUUGGUGUUUGAGGUGAGCACUUCACUGCUUUUCUCUGCCAACUAGUUGUUGGGAAUCUCAGGUGAGAUAUCCACGCAGUGCAAGUUGCUCCCAGUACCAGUCACCACAUGGAAGAAGCUUAAGGUCCAAAUAGUUUACUGUUGCAGAAGAUAAGGCUCACUAAAACAGUUCUGAAUGUAGAUACAGACAUAUACAGAUACAUACAAGUACAAAAUAUUUCCAUUGCUCCAAUUGAACUCCAGCAAUUCAAGAUGUAACAACGGACAAGUAACACCAACCGACUGACGACUCGCAGACCAGCUGCAAACUAACAGACUGAUGGGCAUUAAUCACAGAUAUUGAUUAAUCCUUGUACCUACGGGACCGCCUCUCCUGGUAUGCCCCACGGAGAGCCUCAAGGUCCAUAAAUAGCAACACCCUAGUGGUCCUGGGCCCUAAGGAAGUUAGAUUGGCUUCAACCAGAGCCAGGGCCUUUUCAACUGUGGCUCCGGCCUGGUGGAACGCUCUGCCUCAUGAGACCAGGGCCCUGCAGGAUCUGAUUUCUUUCCGCAGGGCCUGUAAGACAGAGUUGUUCCGCCUGGCCUUUGGCUUGGAGCCAAUUUGAUUCCCUCCCUCCCUCUCUUUCUUUUCUUUUCCUUCUCCUCCUGCAAUGAGGCUACAUUUUAAUAUUUUAAUGUUCCAUUAUUUUAAUGUUGUAUUUUAUUUUUGUUUUUAAGUUGUAAUCAUUCUUCUUGUUUUUAUUAUUGCUUGUAAGCCGCUCUGAGCCCGGCCUUGGCUGGGGAGGGCGGGGUAUAAAUAAAAUAUUAUUAUUAUUAUUAUUAUUAUUAUUAUUAUUAUUAUAUAGUUGGGGCACUGGGCCGUUACCAUAGCAAUUGGCUUGACUGACCUUGCACCCAUUAUUAGCUCAUCCUUGGGCUGAUUUAUGCACAUUAAAGGAAAUUAACCCCUUCUCAUGCUUAAUUACCUUUUGUUCUGAGCCCGUGGUCUUCAUCUUUUUCAGGACCAUCCCUGAAAGUAAUCAGUACGUUGUCCGUGGGAUAUGACCAUCUUGCCAUUGAGGAAAUAAAAAAGCGGUAAGACUCACAUCUUUUUAAAGGUAAUUCUUAAGAGGCAAACUACAUCUUAUCCUGACGGGGAGAAAAGAAAAGAGAGUUGUUGUGGAAGGGCUAAUAAUCACUCCAGCCCUAUAUAACCUACCCUUGCUGUUUCACAGAGGCUUCUCUGUUGAAAAUCGCCUCUUCCCAGAGCAGCUUUUCCCCAGGAAAAUUAGCGGCUGGGGUUUAAAUGCAGGCCAUUGCCCAACUGGCCUAUGGACCAAACAAUUGAUGUUCAGGCUACCCAUGUUUUAGAAAUGAUGAGUACCACAAAACUAGUCAGUAAGUGCCUUGUGGCUCAAAACACAGAAGAUCUGACUGCUGCUUUUAAAUUCUAGUGGGAUCCGUGUGGGAUACACGCCAGACAUCCUGACAGAUGCCACGGCUGAACUCACAGUAGCUUUGCUCCUAGCAACGUCCCGCAGGCUGCCAGAAUCUGUGGAGGAAGUGAAGAAGUGAGUGUCCGAAGUGGUAUUUAUGGGACUUCCAUGCCACACUGCUUGGACUGCUUGGAGGGGGUGGUCGUGUCCUAUUUUGUCUUUUAGCCUCAUUCAGCAUAUUAAAAAAGGCAACUGUGGCUCACAGGAAAGUAGGAAGGUGCCUUAAUCAAAGUCAGAUGGUUAGUCUGUCUAGUUGAGUCUUGUGUUCUCCAGGGUUUUAGGUGGGCUUCUUGGGCACCCUACCUGGAAAUGCCACUUACCUUUUGCAUGCAAAGAAGAUCCUCUACUUGCUUCACAGAAACUGUGGAUGCACUUAUACAACUACAGUAGUACCUCGGGUUACAUACGCUUCAGGUUACAUACACUUCAGGUUACAGACUCCGCUAACCCAGAAAUUGUGCUUCAGGUUAAGAACUUUGCUUCAGGAUGUGAACAGAAAUCGUGCUCCGGCGGCACGACAGCAGCAGGAGGCCCCAUUAGCUAAAGUGGUGCUUCAGGUUAAGAACAGUUUCAGGUUAAGUAUGGACCUCCGGAACGAAUUAAGUAAUUAACCUGAGGUACCACUGUAUUGCUGGACUGUGCUAAGGCGGAGCUCCACACACACAAGUGAUUUAAAAAUCCAUGCUCAUUGAAAACUAGUUUCCAGAAGGUGACAAAGUCCCCUGAACUUUGGGCGUCAACCUAUUUUGUCUUUGGCAUCUGGUUUUAUUUCCAUUCAGCUAUGCAAGCUGACACUUGCAGCAGAGUUCAGUUGCACUACAACUACAGUCUGAACCAGGUCCCUGAGGCUGAACUGUGAAGCGGAAAAACCCCAGUCCAAAUCUUGCUUUUUGCCACGAACUCAUCAUAGCCACAUGCAACAUCCUGAACUCUCAGCUUCACCCUGCAAUAUAAGGAGUAAUAAUAGUGACCUACACUACAGGGUUGUUGUAUGGAUGAAUGAGAGGGUGUGCAUGAAGUGUUGCUUUCCUUUUAAGCAUUCUUAAAGAGUAUAUAAUAAUCCUAGUUACAGUUGAAUAAAUGCUUUAGUUAUAUUGUGGCGACAGGGUGGUGCAAAUCUAGCAAGGCAGUGUUCCCCAAACUUGGGUCUCCAGCUGUUUUCAGGCUACAGUUCCCACCAUCCCUGACCACUGGUCUUGCUAGCUAGGCGCUAUGGGAGUUGUAGUCCAAAAACAGCUGGAGACCCAAGUUUGGGAAACACUGGAUAAAGGUAUCUAAGUGUACGCUGCUGAACCUCUGAUAGCUAGAUGUGGGUUACUCAACUGGCAGAAUUUAGCAUCUAUCCCUGGACAUUAUAAGACAGAUGUCGGUCCUAGUGCCCAUUUGAUAUUUGUCUGUUAUUUUCCGGAGUCCACCCAACUGAUAUGGGGAUAGAGAAUAGAGAAUGGGAUUAGGCCUGAAAUCAUUGUGGGCCUUGCAAGAUAAAGGGUGGAUUAAAGUUUUUAAAGCAGGAUUUCUUCCUUUGUCUAAGGUAACAAGAUAACAGUGUCUGUGGUUGCCAUUGUCCACAGCUGCUCAUUUCUGGAAUUUUAGCUAAGAGCCUGUUUAGCCAAUGCAGCUUUUUCUUGCCAUUACAUUAGUGCUUGUCUGCUAAGCUUUGGGGUGUUCCUUAGCUAACAUCCCAUUGUAAUUUGGUGUCCUUUUCGCAGCGGUGGCUGGACCACAUGGAAACCCCUCUGGAUGUGUGGCUAUGGACUAUCCAACAGCACCGUUGGGAUUAUAGGGCUAGGAAGAAUAGGUAAGCUGAGUUCUACAUUCAUUUUCAGCCUGCCCUUCCACCAUGGUGCUCACAGCUGGUUUGACCAUCACAACGUCUUUGCACGGUAGGUAGGUCGAGAGAGAAACAAGCAUUACAUGCGCAUCCAGGUCCAAACCUCAGGUUGCCACCCCGAAGGUCUCUGCUGCAUCUGUGUGGAGACAUUUAACUGAGCAUCUGAGAUUAGGCUCGGGUUAUCAGUCCUAAAGCUUGUACUGUUCACUUUAUCGCAACGUGGACUUUCUACUAUUGAUUGUCUCUUUGAACAAAUAUCCAUGACCCCAAAAGGAGCCGUGCAGUGUUUGAUGUUGUCUCUCUCACAUACCCGACUUUUGAGAUAUAUGGUGCCAUAAGUGCCUUUAGCGCAGCCAUUGCCGUCGUCUUUUCAACGUAGAGCUGCCCAUCGGCAAGAUAAUUCACAGGGAACAGCAAGCUCUGCUUAUGGCUCGUCUGCCAAUGGACCAACUGGGGAACUGGAGAAACCGAGUUCAGAAUAGUUGUGGCCUCUUACCUGGAAAGAUUUCACUCAACACUCUGGGUAAUAGUGCAACCCUAGAUGUGUUUACAGAGAAGGAAGUCCCAUUGUAGUCAGUGUAGCUUACUCUGCGGCAUGGCUGGGAUUUUGUCAACCGCCCUUUGACCCUUGAUUUUUGAACGUUUUGGAAGUCAAACAUUCGAAAACCGAAGUUUCACUGUACACAGUUUGUACAAAGUUAUCCUCCUGCCAAAUGGUAAGAUUUUAACCAUGGAUCAGGUAUGCAGAUGUGUUAAAAUGAUUGCAUCUACCCCGAUUUACCAAUUUUUCUCAUCUGCUUCUCUAUCUGAGAAUGCUCAAGUGCUAAGUUUUGAUUUGGGCGUUCAGUGUUAAAGAAAGCCUCUGAUUAUGUGAAUUUUGCAUGUACCUUUGAAGUGCUAACACCAUUUUCAGAAGCCCCAUUUCUCUGUGUUGAUGAAGCAUCCAAGCCUAGUGAGUGAUGUGAUGUCCUCUGGUUCCUCAUGUUUCUAGGGCAGGCUGUAGCACAUCGUCUGAAGCCAUUUGGAGUCAAGAAGUUUUUGUAUGCAGGACGUCACCCCAAACCUGAAGCUGCUAUGGAACUGAAAGCUGAGUUUGGUGAGAGUUCUGUCUACGUAUUAGUGGAAUUUCUUUAUGUGUGUUCAAUACUACAUCCCCCCCCCCUUGAUGCGGAGUAGAAAACUGAAGUUGAAGUCCUAUCAGUGGCUACUGGGCACAAUGGAGGCUAUUCACUGUCUCCAUAGAUCAGAGGCAGCAUGUUUCUGAAUACUUGUUGCUUGACUCUGUAGCAGAGAAAGUGCCCUUAUUCUCAGGUCCUGCUUGCAAGCUCCUCUCAGGCAUCUGGGUGUCCACUGUGAGAACAGGACAUUGGGACUAGAUGGACCAGGGGCCUGAUCCAGCAUGGCUUUUUGUAAGUCACUUCAGUGAGGGGAAAAAAAAUCUCUGAAAUGAGAAGACUUGGUGUUACGUUGGUUGAAAACAGGAUUCACUCAAUUCCUGCAAAUGAGAACAAUUGUUUCAGUUUGACAAAAUUUAUUUGUUCUCCUUCCCAGUGACCAUAGUUAAAAGUGAGGAGUAUACAUCCCUUUGUGAAUCAGGGUUAUGCACCCCACCCCCUAAGUCAUUUGGUCAGGCAAGCAUUGUCAAAGCAGGGACCCAGCUAUCACCAGUUAACCUUAGUCUCGCUUAGAGAACAGCAAUUCCCUUCCGGAGACAUGCUGUUUACAAUGAGACGUACCGACUGCUGCACCGGGAUAGCACCGCAAGUCAAGAGUCAAUAUGGAACAAACAUGGCAGCCACAUGCACCUUGCGCAUGUGUGUUUUGGAAGAUAAGUCAUCCAUCCCUUCAGGCAAAGUACAGCACAAACUGGAUGGUUGUUAGGUUUUUGUUCAGAGCAAAUCAGAGCCCACAGUGCCACGUAGUUCAAUGAGUCAAACAGGAUCCUUUUGAAAGAACAGAACACUUGGAUACGCACACAUCGCUGUACAUCAUCGUCCUCAUGGUGGUGGGGAGAACAGUACACUCUGAAAACAGAAGUAGGGCAAUUCCUCCCAGUUGACUUGGCUCAUAUGAAUGCCUCAACAGGGUUCAAGGAGUGCCAAAAGCGUAAUUGUGCAGACUCAAGCAUGCCUGAAUCAUCCCUGCUCUCCUGACUCUAUUCAGAAGGACCCUUGCUGUUUUGGUGAAUAGGAAAAGCUAGUGAAAGUAGGUAAACCUCUUAAACAGACCACAGUGAGUUUCCUCUUUCUUUCUUUUCUCCAGUGCCCCUUGCCAAGCUAGCGGAAGAGUCGGACUUUGUCAUUGUGACAUGUUCUCUGAUACCCGACACUCAGGGGAUGUGCAAUCGGGACUUCUUUUGCAAGAUGAAGAAGACGUCUGUGUUCAUCAACACAAGCAGGUAAAACCAGAUGUGGCCCAGAGUGGAGGCUGGGAAUCGGGGGCACAUCCCCCAAGACAAUGCCAAGUCCCAGUGCUACUGCAUAGCAUGACUGAAGUAACAUGACAGUAUGGAGGAGCGUGAGCCUAGAUCUGCAACAUACCCUUGUCUAUCACGAGUUUUUUAAAAUGCACAAAUCAUUCCCCCUCCCCGUUUUAAUUAAGGGCCUCCACCGUGUCGAAAUCUCUUCAUGUACGAUAAAUACAUUGCAAUUGUGCUUCCUUUAUGAGACAUUUACCCUGGUUUUGUAAAGAAGCUGCACUUGUGGAAAUAAGCUUUCCAUAUUCACAACACUUUAACUAGCUGGAUCUCUCUUGAGGUCUAUCACUAUCCAGGCCUGCACCACUCAAAACUAAUAUUCUGCAGUCCUUCCCUUAGACAGGAUGUUCAUUGCUCCUGUGAGUGCUGUAUAUUGCUCAGUCUAUCUAAUAACUGGUUGCCUAGCUCCAUUCCUAAAGCAGCAAACACCUGCCAAAAUAGAAAACUUAGCAUGUACAAUAUCAGCAGGUUGUAUUCUGCAUAGUGCUAAGGUCCCAUCAGUUCAAGCAUUUCUGUUUGCUUGACAUAACAAUCUCUCCCCCCUCCCCCAAGAAGCUUGGGUGCAGGGUGCAGUGGGAGGAGGGAAGUCUCACUGCACUAGCACGAAUCAUUGUGCUGUCUUCUGUUAGUGCAAUGCGUUGAAUAGUAAGUAAAUGACCCUGGGAGUCAUUUAAUCCUUAGCACCGUUCCAAGUCACUGCUGCUUGCACCAAUUGGGGGAAGCUGCCCCCCCCCCCCAUAUGAUUUCCUAGAGUACCAGAGUGAUGGGGGAUGCAGCCCAGCAAAGCAACACCCUUGCCAUUUCAGGCAAGGCAUAAACAGUGUGGUCGUAUUAAGCUGUCAAGAAAAGCCAUAAUCUGUAUUUCCCCAUGAGAGUCUUGUUGAAUUAUUUACUGCAACGUGCAAUAUAGGCUCAAUAACACCUUCACACACCCCAUUUUCUCACUUUGCUCUGUUAGGGGCACUGUUGUCAAUCAAAAGGACCUAUACGAAGCUUUAGUCAAUGGCCACAUCGCAGCAGCGGGCUUGGAUGUUACAACCCCAGAACCUCUGCCUGCUGAUAAUCCGCUUCUUUCCCUCAAGAACUGUGGUAAGCUGACUUAAUUUCAUAGAAUCGUAGAGUUGGAAGGGACCCAAAGGGUCAUCUAGCCCAAUCCCCUGCAAUGCAGGAAUCUCCGCUAAAUACUUAAUGUGCACAUGGCCAUUUCUGCACCGUCUCCUCCUGGGGAAUUAACGGCUGCCUUUCAGAAGCAGACAGAUGCUGCUCAAGUCUCACUUGCACUGAGCCGGCAAGGCUCAAUAGCAAGCGGAGGUUUUUCCUUGUGGAAAUGUCUCAAAAGAACACCUUUGCAACCAUAAGGGCUAGAAACCUGUGGGUUGUUCUUUUCUAAAUUGGGAGUUGUUCUUAAAAGAAAUCUAUGCCAGCUACGUCCUGUGGCAUUUCUGUACUCUAUCCCACAAUGUUGCCCUAAGUAUGCGCAUGGGUAAAGCAAGAAAUAAAAUGCAGAGGGCAUCCUCUGAAUUUUGCACUCUUGCCCCUUUCCGCAAGGCAGGCAUCUUUGGGCUGUAAUUGGAUUGGCAUGCCCUGCAAAAGACAGAUAAUAUCAUCUUUAAUCUAACAGAGGAGGGGCCCUGGAAACAGAAUACAGAGGGAAUGGGUUGGCUUGAGCAAGUGAUUUCAUGAAUCAAGAUAUAGUAUCUGAUAAAACAAUAUAUUCAUGAACUAGUGAUUACAAGUCGAUAAAAAUUAUUCUGGCUUGUUUCCUAAAUUGCUUCCUCCCCACCCCCCCACCCCCCCGUCUUGAGCAGUAAUUCUGCCUCAUAUUGGAAGCGCCACCUACGCCACAAGGAAUGCCAUGUCCGUGUUGGCUGCCAACAAUCUUCUGGCUGGACUGAAAGGAGAAAGCAUGCCAAGCGAACUCAAGCUGUGAGAAGCAAGACUGGAAGAGUUUUGAAGGAUUUUUUUACUUUUUGCCCCAAAUAGAUAUUAAAUGGGACAAACUGUCUUUCAAAUAAAGCAUUAAAACAGUGGCAGACUUUUGUGUAUUAUAGCAAAAGGUUCCAGUUCACACCUAUUUUUUUAAAGCAAUACUCUAUAUCUUAUACAAAGUAAUUAAGAUGCUGUGUACUGGCAUGUUUUCUACAACUGUUCAAUCAGAAGCAAACAGAAAGCAAGCAGACUGAAAAUAAUGAGCGUCUCCCCCUGCCCCCUCCUAUAGUGGCCUCUACUGCUGGAAGUUACUUUGUCAUAGGCUUCAGUGGGGGAGCUGUUACCAUGACCUGUUUUAAAAGGACUUCCAGGCUUCCCCAACUGUGGCCAAUCCACAAAUUACUGAGAACUGAUGGUUUCUCAUCCUGCCUUAUUGAUAUUUGAUUAAAUGUCCAGCUGUCAUGGCAGUUUUUACGCUGUGUUCAGCCCUCUGCCAACCCCAAGCAGCUUCUUUGGUCCCUGAGGCCUCAAUGCAACUUGAGUUCCAUCCAAAUGACAACUUCCCCACUCUCAGAAGCAGAACUGGGUGUGUUCUGUUGCUGCCAAAAGGUUGGCAGUGAAAAUCAAUGCAUUAUUACAGUAUAGAUGCGUCUUACAGUUUUGAUCAUGCAAAGGCCUAUAACAAGAGCAAGUUGUCAGACUUUCAGCUCUAUCUUAGAGCAUCUACAUCUUAAUUUUUUUUAAUUAAUUAUGGGGAUGCCGUAGAGCAGGCAUGGCCAAACUCGGCCCUCCCAAUGUUUUGGGACUACAAUUCCCAUCAUCCCUGACCACUGGUCCUGUUAGCUAGGGAUGAUGGGAGUUGUAGUCCCAAAAAACAUCUGGAGGGCUGAGUUUGGGGAUGCCUGCCGCAGAGAGAAAACUUUUUUUAUUUUAUUUUUUAAAUCACUGUAAUUUACUUGAAAUAGUCAGAUUGCCUACAGUUGCUGAGGAUGGGAUUCCUUGUGGGGAAGCACACUUUUACAAAGUUGUCUUUAAACUGCCAUAUACAGUAAUUCUUGUUGUUAGGUCUAAAUGGGGUGGUACCCUCCCACACAUUUUAUCUCUCUCUCUCCUAUCCACCCCUCAAACCAUAAUUCCACUGUCGAAGUCAGUCAAGUCGCUUGCAUUGUGCUGCUUCAAGCCCACUAUCUGCUUCUGCCUCCUGCUAGUACCCACACCAAUUUCUGUGGCUCCCCUCUUUCUUCCUGCCUCCCCCCCCCGGGAAAAAGCCUGCCCUCUGUGUAAUAGCCUCUGCCACGUGCAGUUCCAAAGCAUUCCCCCAAAAUGGAUGUGUAUCUGUUUUCAACAGCCUGAACUUCAAAGGAGGGUGUGAGUGCUCUCCUACUUGUUGAGGCUCUGGUAGCCUUAGGGCUAGGGAAGGCUGAAACCAAACUCGGAAGCUCUGCCCCUACAAAGAUGUGCAGAGAGUCAUGGAUGGUUUUCAGUGGUAAGACAAUGGCACUCUGCACUUGGUGUAAUGGCACGCGUUC